AUGGAGAAAUACCUAGUACAGGACCUCCUUGAAAUUUGUGACGACUUGGGCAUUUCCGCCGGGUCCGCAAAAACAAAGCAAGCGAUUCUCGCGGUGAUGCGGGCGGAGAAUGUGACGAUCGAGGAAGCUGACGAGACUUGGGAGGAUAUUUGUCCCGCUGACUGCGAAAGUCAAGACGAUAAGUACAGUGCCAGGGCGCUGCAGGACGAGGAGCGGAAGAUUGAAGAGCGUCAAGGUCCCGCUGACUGCGAAAGUCAAGACGAUAAGUACAGUGCCAGGGCGCUACAGGACGAGGAGCGGAAGAUUGAAGAGCGUCAAAGGCGCGAAGAGCAGGAUGCAGUUGGGCGUCGCGAAGAGAGGGAGUUGGAGGAACGCGAAAGACGCGAAGAGAGGCAGGCUCGGGAGCGUCGCGAGGAGCGAGAACAUGCUCUCGAAAUGAAAAAGCUUGAUCGUGAUAUUCAGGCGCUUAAGUGCCAGCGAGCACAAUGCCAACUCAAGAUCUUCGAGAUAAGCGAGAACAUUGCACCUUUUCUCGUUAAGUUUGAAAAGAUCUGCGAAGAUGUCGGUGUUGGCCAAGACCUUCUGGAGAGGCUUCUCGCGUUGCUCCCGUCCCGCUGA